GCGCCGCCUCCGAGACCGGGACCUCCGAGCCGGGCAGGAUCACCCAGACGCGGAUCAGCCGGACCAGCCGGAAGACGCAGAAGGGUCCAGAGGUGCAGGACGGCGACUCUCUCUCCGCCGCCGAGCCGCCGCUUGAUGGUGCUGCUAGGACUCGCGGGGAGCACGCGCAGCACGGAGCGGACCGCGGCCAGCAGGAUGCUGCCGGGGAGGCACCCCACCGCUGUGCGACCUGCGGGGCGGCCUUCAGGAGGGCGGCUCUCCUCCGGGCACACAUGCGGACCCAUGCCGCCGAUAAACUGGACAGCGGUGAACACUGCGGCGUCAGUCCAGCAAGCACUCUCAUAGGUGACAGACCCUUCAACUGCCAGACUUGCGGGCAACGGUUCACUUACAGUUCCAAUCUCCGUGUGCACAUGAGAACUCACACAGGUGACAGACCCUUCAACUGCCAGACUUGCGG